AUAUCUGGACGCUUGCAUAGCAUCAAAAACACAACCAUCUCCUCCAGUAGCCCAAUCUCCUUGAAAAAACUACGUUUCCCAUUGCCAAAGCAAUACGGAUGGACACCAGCAGCGGCAGCAUACACGUCGUGAUGCUGCCAUGGCUGGCCUUUGGUCACAUCCUCCCCUUCACGGAGCUCGCGAAGCGCAUAGCUCGGCAGGGCCACCGGGUCACCCUCCUCUCCACGCCAAGAAACACCCGUCGGCUAAUCCGAAUCCCUCCGGACCUCGCCGGCCUAAUCCGCGUCGUGGAUGUGGCCCUGCCGUGCGUCGAGCGCCUGCUGGGGGAUGCCGAGGCGAGCAUCGACCUUCCCUCCGACGACCUCCGCCCGUACCUGCGCCGGGCCUACGACGCCGCCUUCGCCGGCAAACUGACGGAGAUCCUGCAGGAGCCGGAGCCGUCGAGGCCGGACUGGGUCCUCAUCGACUACGCGGCGUACUGGGCGCCCGCGGCCGCUGCGAGGCACGGUGUGCCGUGCGCGUUCCUGAGCCUGUUCGGCGCCGCGGCGCUCAGUUUCUACGGCCCCGCGGAGGGGCUCUUGGGACGCGGGAAGCACGCCAAGACGAAGCCGGAGCACCUCACCGUGGUCCCCGACUACGUGCCGUUCCCGACCACCGUCGCGUACCGCGGCUACGAGGCGCGUGAGAUAUUCAGGCCGGGCUUGAUCCCGGACGACUCCGGCGUGUCGGAGGGAUACCGGUUCGGCAUGUGCAUCCAAGAGAGCCAGCUCGUGGGCAUCAGGAGCAGCAGAGAGUUCGAGCCGGAGUGGCUGCAGGUGCUCGGCAAGAUCUAUCAGAAGCCGGUGAUCCCGGUUGGGCUGUUCCCUCCAUCACCAACACCAGACGUCGCCGGCCACGAGGCAACGUUGCAAUGGUUGGAUAGGCAGGUCCCAGGCUCCGUCGUGUACGCGGCCUUUGGCAGCGAGGCGAAGCUGACAAACGCGCAGCUACAAACAAUCGCGCUCGGCUUGGAGGCUUCCGGCCUGCCGUUCCUCUGGGCAUUCAGGCCGCCAGCCGACGCCGAACACAGAGAAGGCACGGGCGGGUUGCCGGAAGGCUUCGAGGAGCGGGUCAACGGCCGGGGACUCGUCUGCCUCGGCUGGGUGCCUCAAGCUAGGUUCUUGGCCCAUGAAUCGAUUGGGGGGUUCUUGACCCACGCCGGCUGGAACUCCGUAACCGAGGGCCUCGUGCUCGGCGUCAGGCUGGUGCUGCUUCCACUGAUAUUCGAUCAGGGCCUCAACGCCAGGCUUCUGGAGGAGAAGAAGAUCGGCAUCGAGGUUGCGCGGGACGAGGAGGACGGCUCAUUCGAAGCCGAAGACAUUGCAGCUGCUCUGAGGAGGGUCAUGGUAGAGGACGAAGGCGAGGAGUUCGGGGCUAAGGUAAAGGAGCUCGCAAAAGUGUUUGGAAAUGAUGAGGUGAAUGAUCAGUGCGUGCGAGAUUUCCUCAGGUGUCUAUUGGAAUACAGCAAGCAGCAACAACGAUAGUUCCAUUUUAGGGCUGUAAGUCAUACUAUUUGAUCAGAAAAGGGCAAGGAAAGGGAAAGGGUUUCGAACCAUUUCAGGCGUGAUGUAAUAGUAGCAAGAUUGCGCCAUUAUGUCAAAUAAAGACAGAAAAGCGAUGCGGGAAUACCAUGUUCAAAGUGGAAGCAUCUUUCGGUUUCCAUGAGAAGGCAGGUACUCUUUGUCCGAGAUUUUCUGAAGUUACUGGUCAUCACACUUCAGUAAACCGUGUUGUUCCAUUGACAUGCGAAAACACCAUGAUUGUGUGCUCAGCUAUUAUCAAAUCAACGGAUCACGGUCCAGCCGAUCCACACAGUCAAAAUUGUCGCCACGCGUCACUCAACAUCAACUUCUGUACAACCGCAGACCAUCCUUCUCGCUGAAUCCAGUGGUAAGUAUAAAUGAUCAAUGGUGCAGAACAAUUCACCGAGGAACAAGUCUUGGAGUUCCAUCAUCCCAGGAAGGCGCUCGAUGACGUGGCAAAGGAAAACUGCACCACAGAAUCCUUUCCCAGUGGCACCAUCUGUAUUGUUAGCGAAGUCUUUAGCCUUACCCCUCAAAAUCUUAAAUGUUCUUGGCGACUGUCAUCGAAUGCUUAUGCACAAAGUAUCUUAGCUUGAACUCCUGCAAAGAAUAGUUAU